CGUACCUGCCGCCGACCCGGCCCGCCCUCCGCCGCUCUGUGCCGAACGAGGGGACGUCGGAGGGGUUCCUUGCAGAAGUGGUGCGUCCUGGGCGGCCGCUGAUGAAGGAAGACACGGUGUCCCCGGAACCCCUGAGCUGAAAGGGGCCAGAGAGGGGCCGGCAUGGGCCCUGAGCUGCCUGCACCUUGGCUGCUGCUCUUCACCUGGCUCCCAGCAGGGUGCCUCUCCUUGCUGGUGACAGUCCAGCACACAGAGCGCUAUGUCACCCUGUUUGCCUCCAUCGUCCUCAAAUGUGACUACACCACUUCUGCCCAGCUCCAGGACGUGGUGGUGACGUGGCGCUUCAAGUCCUUCUGCAAGGACCCCAUCUUUGACUAUUACUCUGCAUCGUACCAGGCCGCUUUAUCCCUGGGACAGGACCCAUCAAAUGAUUGCAGUGACAACCAGCGGGAGGUGCGCAUCGUGGCCCAGCGGCGGGGGCAGAAUGAGCCUGUGCUGGGGGUGGAUUACCGGCAGCGCAAGAUCACCAUCCAGAACCGAGCAGAUCUUGUGAUUAAUGAAGUGAUGUGGUGGGACCAUGGAGUGUAUUAUUGCACCAUUGAGGCUCCAGGGGACACAUCAGGAGAUCCAGAUAAGGAGGUGAAGCUCAUCGUCCUGCACUGGCUGACGGUGAUCUUCAUCAUUCUGGGAGCCCUGCUCCUCCUGCUGCUGAUUGGAGUGUGCUGGUGUCAGUGCUGUCCUCAGUAUUGCUGCUGCUAUAUCCGCUGCCCUUGCUGUCCCACCCGCUGCUGCUGCCCUGAGGAAGCCCUGGCCCGCCACCGCUACAUGAAGCAGGCUCAGGCCCUAGGCCCCCAGAUGAUGGAAAAACCUGUAUUCUGGGGGGCGGACAGGAGCUCCCAGUUUUCAUCUUAUCCAAUGCACCCACUGCUGCAGCGAGAUUUGUCCCUGCGAUCCAGCCUCCCACAGAUGCCAAUGACCCAGACCACCGCUCACCCUCCCAUCACCAAUGGUGUCCUAGAGUAUUUGGAGAAAGAGUUGCGGAACCUCAACCUGGCCCAGCCUCUGCCGCCUGACCCCAAAGCCAUACGUGGCCAACCCUGGAGCAUGCUGUCUUCCCUGGGCUCUGAGGUGGUGGAACGCAGAGUCAUCCACCUGCCCCCGCUGAUCGGAGACCUGCCAUCCUCGCGGAGGACCAGCACCACCUCCCGCCAGCCACGGCUCAGCCCCCUUCCCCCGGGACCCUGGGAUCUGAGGGAGGGAGGACGGCAGCGCCACUCUUCUGAUUUCCACCCGGAGCUCCGGGACCGGGAGCCUAAGCACUGGGCGCUGGAGCGAAGGGAGCUGAGCCAACAACGGAGUGGAAGGCACCACGGCUCCAGGCUCAAGGGGUCACCCAUGCCCUGGUCGGACGGGGACAGCCUCAGCGACGGCCCCUCGUCCAGCGAGGCCCGCUGGCGGCCCAGCCACCGGCCGCUCCGGAGCCGCUACCCCGAGCGAGAGCGGCGGCGCGGGCCCAGCCCCCGGGAGGGUGGCCCGAGGCGGCGCGGGCGCAGGCCCCGCAGCUACUCGCCUCCACCGCGCGCGGGCCUCAGCUCCGGGAGCUCCGACGGGGACAAGGAGAGGCAGCCCUGGAGCUGGGGGAGCCCCCGCCCCCGCCGCCGCUCGCGCUCCCCACCCUGGCCUGAGGAGAAGCCACCCAGUUACCGCUCCCUGGAUGUGACCUCAGGCAAGAAUGGCAGGAAAAAAGGGAGUGUGGAGAGGCGCUCGGAGAGGGAGAGCUCCCAUAGUGGAAGGAGUGUGGUCAUUUAGUCACCGGGCACAGCACUACUUCUGUGGCUGCUUCUCGGCACGUCAUCAGCAUCACCCAGUUUUCCAGCUGACGUGGGAGGGACACUGCAAGUCUGUAUCUAACAGUUUUGGCUUAGAUUCUGAGAAUCAAAUAGAAGAAUAUUAAAAACAAGAGUUUGAGAAAUUGAUGACUGUAGUUUUAGCCUUGGUUCAUAUUCUCUGCAUAUUUAGAUAGUCUCUGACUUGUAAUGGACCCUAAGUGGGAUGCGAUCCCUCUGGAACUUAGUAGCCUGAGUGUUCAACUAGGUUACCCUGCUCAGAACCAUGGCCAUUCUCAAAGGGAGAACUCAGGAAUCUUUAAGAAGAAAUCAACUAUGUUUCAGGAGCGGGAAAUCUAUGGAGUACUAUAUGGAAAUGUCCAUGGGAACUUGUCUCUAUCCCUAUAGCGCAUCUCCAUGUUAGGAUUCCACCUUGCUGCACCGUGCCCAGUCCUGAGUGCUCCUGAGGGUCCAGCCAGAGAUGGCACAGGAAAUAGCCCAGCAAUAUGCCCUCUCAUGGGUUAUUUAUUACAAGUGUAGAAAAUCACAAAGAAGCAGUUUUGCACCAACCUUAUUCAUGUUCCUUGUUUUCCUCAUGUUGCUCUUUUUUUUUUCUUUGCCUACGUCUAAUUUAUAUUUUCUUAUAUAUUAUGUACCCAUUAAAAUCACUUUAAAUGUUUCUUGGGAAUCACAGUAUAUAAAUAAAUAGAAAAGAAGUAAAAUGUACUGGCCUGAGGA